GAGCUAAAGGGCAUUUUGGUGCCUGCGCAUCCGGUUAGGGCGGGACUUCCGCCUUCCUCCUCUAGGUGGUCAUUUUAACUUCUUCGGUCUUUGUCCACAGAGUCCCAGGCUUCAGGGCGCCGGUCGGGAGCAGGAGGAGGCCUUUGGGGGCCGCUGCCUGCGGGGUGGGGCGUGUCUGAGGCGCCGGGAGCCCCCACAGCCCGAGGAGAUCGGCGUCUCCGCGCCCCCCGGCUCCUCUCCGCUCCCAGCGUCCCCGCAGCCUGACCCCCCGGACCCUCCCGCCUGGGGCGCGGCCUCCCCGGUCCCGCAGCCCCGGGCCCCGCGCUCAGGAUGGAUGUGAACUUUGAGGAUGUGGCCAUUACCUUCUCUCAGGAGGAAUGGGGGCUCCUUGAUGAGGCUCAGAGACGUCUGUACUGCGAUGUGAUGCUGGAAGUGUUUGCACUGGUAUCAUCUGUAGGUUGUCAGCAUAAAAUGGAUGAUGAGGAGGCCUGUUCUGAUCAUAGUGUAUCUAUACAAGGAGAGUCACAGGACAGGGCUUCUAAGACAGCUCCAGCCACCCAGAGGACCCUUUUGUGUAAGCGGUGUUUCUCUGUGUUACAAUAUAUUUUGCACCUAACUGGUUCACAUUCAACAUACUUUGAGGAGAAAACCUUCUGUAGUGAUGCAUAUGUUGGAGACUUCCAUUUCAGUGCAAACCCUCACCAGCAGCAGAGGAAAGAAUGUGGAGAGGAGGCUUGGAAACAAGCUAUGGACAGGGCAUCCUAUGUGAGCAGGUACAGCUUCUACUUCUCGGUGGUGCCUUCAACUAGCAGGGAGGUUGGGGAAGAUCUGCGAUACAACUCAGAGCUUCCGCAGCACCAGGCCACUCUCAACACCGAGGAGCUACCCUGUGGCAGUGAGAUUUCACAGGAAUUUCUUGAUUGUAAAAGUCAUCACCAGUGGGAUUACUGUGAAAAUGCUGUCUGCCACAUCAGGGAAGUUGUUCGAUGUCAAGGUGAAUUUUCUGGGGAAGCGAUUUAUGAGUGUAAGAAAUGUAGGAAAGUAUUUAGACGAUUCCUUAACCUCAUUGGACAUAAGAGAGUUCAUCCUGGAGAAGAGAUGUAUGAGUGUAGUGAAUGUGGGAAGUCCUUCCGUCUAAGAGCUCACCUCACUGAACACCUCAGAGUUCACACUGGAGAGAAGCCAUAUGAGUGCACUGAAUGUGGGAAGUCCUUCAGCCAAAAGUGCACUCAUUACACAUCAGAGAGUUCACACUGGAGAAAAGCCAUAUGAGUGUACUGAAUGUGGGAAGUCCUUCAGUGAAAGAAGUGCACUCAUUAAACACCAGAGAGUUCACACUGGAGAGAGGCCAUAUGAGUGUACUGAAUGUGGGAAGUCCUUCA